CACUAAAGACUCCCCCAAAGAGGCAACAGAUUCUUGGUGGACAAUCUCAUAUCCCCUCCUGGGAACAUGAUGAAAAAUGUCUUUGGAAAAAUAGCUUUAUGAAGGCCAGAGGAACUUUAUGUACCAGCAAGACAUGUCCGAAAGCUCCUCAGGUCGAAACUCAAGCAGUCAGAUUUGCCCGUCUAGUUCAUCGUACUGCUCUGGUCCCAGUGAGUCACACACUUGGUCAGCUCUGUCAAGGAACAGAACACUUCAUCCACAUUCGGAUUCUGGAAUAUCAUCCCCGCUUCCAUCAGACUCUUGUAAGUACCUUACUUGGCACAAGGUAGAACAACAUGACAUUCAAGGAAGUCAACUGCGUUGCCCAAGAGUAAGAGAAGGACCCUCCACAGAAGAGCUGCUCUUCAGACAGGAGGAGUGCACCCGGCCUGCUGGGAAAAGAGUCCUUGAAAAAAACAAAUGGGAAACAUGGCUACAAGAAAAUUGGGAGGACUGCACGAAUUUGAACCUUUCAUUUCAGGAUUUGGGGGACCCUUAUCAAGUUGCAAAUUUUAACAGAAUUCUUAGAAGACUAAUUCGAGUUGAAACCCUCUGGUUAGUGGAUAAUUCACUGGUGGACUUAAGUGCCACAAAAUUGCCAAGAUGCAGGGUUUUAAAUAUGAACAAAAACCAUCUCACAUCUUUCAAACAAUUGCCAAAGAUACCUCAGAUACAGCAUUUAUCCUUGGCCGAAAACCACAUUGAGUCUCUGACUGGGCUCUCAAGUUUAUGCUGCACUCCACUAGAAUCCCUUACGCUCAAGAGGAACCCUUGUGAGUUUCACCAAAAUUACCGGAAACGAGUGUUUUCCUGUUUGCCAAACUUAAAAAUGCUGGACGGAAUUCCGAAGCUACCAGAAGAUUCUUCACCACCAGAAGCCAAUAUGUUUUCAAAAAUGUGUAUUAUAUCAUAAUGCAAUUUGUAUAAAAAGAAAGCAAUCACUAUUGUUUCUAAAAACUCAUAAAUACAGGAGAUACAUAUUGUCAUAUUAUCAAUAUGUCACUUACCAUGUAUAUAUCAUAUAUAUGAUAUAUUUAUAUAUUGCUUUCCUUUAAAUUAGUGAUCUCCAGUUUUGUUUUAUUUUUAAAGAUUUUAUUUACUUAUUUGACAGAGAGAGAGAGAGAUCACAAGUAGGCAGAGAGGCAGGCAGAGAGAGAAGGGGAAGCAGGCUCCCUGCUGAGCAGAGAGCCUGAUGCGGGGCUCGAUCCCAGGACAUUGGGAUCAUGACCUGAGCUGAAGGCAGAGGCUCUCCACCCAGGCACCCUCCAGUUUUUAAUUCCAUACUCCAACAGUAUAUUUGAAGUAUUCACACUUCAAAUAAAUUUUGAACAUACACAUAUAAUUUUUAUUUAGAAAUCUUAUACCUAAAAUACUAGAGAAAUAUAUAAUGAAUAUUUUAAACAUUAAAAGAGAGAUCUUUAAGUGAUGGCAUAAAAAUUUAACAUAAAUAAAAGCUCUAAGUCUUCCUCCAUACUCCAGGGACUCAUCUUUCCAGCCUCAAGGCUAUAAGUCUUUUACUUUGAGAGUACUGCUUCAAAUAUCUGGGCCUAUCAAAAGCAAGAGAGACAACUGUGUGAUUUUAAGCCACAUGUUUGGAUUCUCCAUUUUGAACAUUCUGUCAAUCAUUAGUGACUUUGAUACAACAGAAAUUUAGGAAGGUCCCAGGCCAUUCAUUAAAUAUUUAGAAAAUAAACAAUAAUGGUAAAUCUUCUUUAUGUUCAGAGACUUUCAUAAAUUCAACUUUAAAGCUGCCUUCCCUAUAUAUUAAAGGGAAAGAAUACAAUUAAAUUUAAUUGCUUUCAAAAUUUAGAGAAAGGUCAACAAUUAGAUCAACUUCUGAUCUUAUUUUUAUUAUUUAUAAAGAUUAACUUUGUUGCAGAACUAACACUUUUCCAAGAUGGUUCUUCAAUUAGAUGCUUACUACCAUGAAAUAAAAUAUUUUCUGGAUCAUCCUGCUAUGAGUGAAAACUGCUUAUAAAAUUAUACAACAAAGAAUCUAACAAGACCAAGAUAAAGUUCCUUCUCUCAAGACUUAUGAAUGACUAAAGUAGACAACACACACAUAAGAUCUAAAAUAUAUUAUAAAUAUUAUGGGAGGAAGUGGAAGGAAAAUAUUUAGUUUUAAAUUAUGGGAAGCCCUUUUGAGGACUUUAUAGAAAAGAUAAUUUGAGAUGGAUGUUAAAUAGUAACAGAUCUCUCCAGGUAGCAAAUAGUAGCAGGUUGUAUCAGUCAGAAACAUGACACGAAAAGGGGCAAAAAGGGCACCUGGGUGGCUCAGUCAGUUAAUUAUCUGACUCUUCAUUUUUGCUCAGGUCAGGAUCUCACGGCUUGUGGGAUCCAGCCCCGCAUCAGGCUGUGGGCUCAGUGAGGAGUCUGCAAUAGAGUCUCUCCCUCUGCCCUUCCCCUGCCACCAUGCAUGUGCAUGUGUCCUCUCUCUUUCACACCACUCCCCCCCCUCUAUAUAUAUGUAUAUUUAUCUAUAUAUAAGCAUAUAUUAGUUAUAUAAUUGUAAUAUAUAAUAAAUAUAUGAUAAUAAAUCAUAAUUCUUAGUAAUAUAAUUAUUUAUAAAUAUUAAAAUUAUUGAAUCAAUUUAUAAUUUAUAAUUCUAUAAAUAUAUGAAUAUAAAUAUAUAUAUCUAUGGAAAUAUAGAAAGAGAGAGAGCAAGAGAGAGAGAAAAGGGGCAUAAAGUUCAGAAAGCAUACAUCAAUUAGGAAUGGGCAGGCUGCAAAAGUCAAAGCAGAUUGACAAUAGCUUAAAAAAACAGUAAUAAUAACAGCUAUAAUUUUUGAACACCUACUCUGUAUCAGGCACAGCACAAACACUGUACAUUCAUUAUUUAUAUCCUUAAAAAACUAUGAGGGUCUAACUGUUCUCACUUCACUAGGAGGGAUAUCUGAGGCUCAGAGAGGUUAAAUAGUUUGGUUAAGGUGACACAGGUAGGCCACACAACUAUCAUAUGACAAAGGCAAGGUUCAAAGCCUGAACACUUUUCAACACCCUUGUUGCAUCUUCUAAUAACAUAGUUCUAAUUUAAAAAUUCAAGAUAAUAUUUUGUGUUUCCAGGGAUAGUACCAUCUCUCAGACAUCAUCAUAAAUACCAGUAUUUAACCACAAUCAGAUAUUCUCCAUUCCUUUAACAUACCCCAAACCUUCCUUGUUCAGGUCUUUCCUUCCUUCUGCAAUACUUUUCCCUGGAGGGUAACCCUAAGAAAAUCCUUCCUCCUUUCAAUACUUAUUCCAAAUACUAUUUCCUCUAAAAAAUCUUCCCUCAUCCUUUCAAUCAGAUGUUUCCUUUGCAGUUCCAAAGUACUUAAAAAAAUCUUGGUCUUAGGGCACAUUUUCUUAAUAAUACCUCCACUUGAUUUUUAUUUAAAUGUAUACCUUGCCUGCUUCCCUAAAAGGGCUGUAAUCAUGAAAUAAGAAAACAGAUACAGGAGCACCUGAGUGGCUCAGUGGGUCAGGCCUCUGCCUUCGGCUUGGGUCAUGAUCUCAGGGUCCUGGGAUUGAGCCCCACAUUGGGCUCUCUGCUCAGCAGGGAGCCUGCUUCCCCCACUCUCUCUGCCUGUCUCUCUGCCUACUUGUGAUCUCUGUCUGUCAAAUAAAUAAAUAAAAUCUUAAAAAAAAAAAGAAAGCAGACACAUUGCAUUUUAGAUGUUUAUGCAUAUAUCCUUCUGCUUCUCUAAAUCUAAAGGUAGGAAAACAUCGUCUGUAAAGAACUAGAGAAGAAAUAUUUUAGGCUUUGUUGGUCAUAUGGUCUCUGUCAUAACUGCUCAACUCUGCCAUUAUGAUGCAAAAGCAGCCAUUGAUCAUAUGUAAUGAAUGGGUGUGGUUGUGUCCUAAUAAAACUUUAUUUACAAAAUG